GAAGAUGUAAUUUCUCCCAUCAUUAAAAAAAGAAAAAAAAGGAAAAAGAAGAAGAAAGCCUAAAAGCAUUAAACCAACGCCGAGCGCGGUGGGGGGACGCGAGAGAAAGAAAUCGAAACAGACCACCACCGACUCGUUCAGCAGUGAACAGACAGGAGGAGGAAGAAAAACGGGAAGGAAGUUGAAGAGGAAUGCUCUAGUGAGUUGUGGAGAGAGAAAAAGAUGCAGAAACGAAGCAGGUGGAGGGGAUUGGUGGUGCUGAGGAGGUUGUUGAUAGGGGCCAUAUGUUCGAUAGCAGCGGUGGCUCUGCUCUCUGUACACGUACACGUUUUCCUUUCAUCCAAAGUCCCGGACUUCUCCGACUCCUAUAAGCUACCCACGCAACAUGAAAUUGGGUUCCAGAGGUUGAGCACCGAGCGAAAAUGGGUACAAGAGUUGGCUCCACCCCAUUUAUCAAAAGCUCCACUGCCUUCUCGCAAGUUGGAUGGUGCAAGUGGGAUUUUGGAUUUGGACAAGCUAUGGAAGCCUCCACAAAAUCGGGAUUUUGUGCCCUGUGUUUACCCUGGUGCAAACUAUACAUCUCCUGCAGAGUCACAGGGUUACCUGCUCGUUCAUACAAAUGGUGGGCUCAAUCAAAUGCGGGCUGGGAUAUGUGACAUGGUAGCUGUAGCCCGCAUCAUCAAUGCCACUCUUGUAAUUCCUGAACUUGAUAAGCGGUCAUUUUGGCAAGACUCUAGUAACUUCUCAGAUGUCUUUGAUGAAGAUCAUUUUAUUAGCGCUCUAGCUUAUGAUGUAAAGGUCAUAAAAAAGCUCCCCAAGGAACUAGCAACUGCUCCUAGAGCAGUUAAGCAUUUUAGAAGCUGGUCUGGUAUAGAUUAUUAUCAGAAUGAGAUAGCUAGCAUGUGGGCUGAUUAUCAGGUUAUCAGAGCUGCUAAAUCUGAUUCUCGUCUGGCAAAUAAUAACUUGCUUCCAGACAUUCAGAAGCUGAGGUGUCGUGCUUGUUAUGAAGCCCUCCGUUUUGCACCCCAAAUUGAGGCAAUGGGAAAAUUGUUGGUGGAUAGAAUGAGGUCCUAUGGUCCUUACAUUGCUCUACAUUUACGAUAUGAGAAGGACAUGCUGGCUUUUAGUGGAUGCACGCAUGAUUUAUCCCCUGCUGAAGCUGAAGAACUUAGGAUGAUCAGAGAAAACACAGCAUAUUGGAAAGUAAAGGGUAUUGAUUCCAGGGAACAGAGAGCCAAAGGGUAUUGCCCCUUAACUCCAAAGGAGGUUGGAAUUUUCCUAAUGGCUCUUGGAUACCCAUCUAGCACUCCCAUAUAUAUUGCUGCAGGAGAGAUAUAUGGGGGUGAUUCUCAUAUGGCAGAUUUGCAAUCUCGUUAUCCCAUAUUAAUGAGCAAGGAAAAACUGGCAUCCAUUGAUGAGCUUGAACCGUUUGCUAAUCAUGCAUCUCAGAUGGCUGCACUUGAUUAUAUUGUAUCAGUUGAAAGUGAUGUAUUUAUUCCUUCGUACUCUGGAAACAUGGCAAGAGCAGUUGAGGGUCAUCGUCGUUUUUUGGGACACAGGAAAACAAUUUCUCCUGACAGGAAAGCUCUUGUUCAUCUGUUUGACAAAAUUGAGCGGGGAUCCCUGAAAGAAGGCAAAAACCUAUCAAAUAAAAUUAUGGAACUGCACAGAAAAAGGCAAGGGUCUCCAAGAAAAAGAAAAGGCCCCAUCUCUGGAACAAAGGGCAUGGAUAGGUUUCGUUCAGAAGAGGCAUUUUACGUGAACCCUCUACCAGAUUGUUUAUGUCACAAGGAGCCCCCAGAUAUGAACACCUCUAUCAUUAUCAGGUAGAUUAGUUGCAGCGGAACAAUGUCCUCCAAAGAAAUACCCAUGCUGGUGGAUUUGCGGCACAUUUUCUUUCCUGAUUAUUUAUAGAAAGCUUCAGUGGUGGCAUUAUAGCGGAUACAGCUGCGGAGUGUGUGUAUAUCUUGAGUCCAGGUAGCUGAGGCGAGGGUGUAUAGAAAUGUAGAUGAAAGGGAGAAUGCAUAAGAGAGAGGAGGUAAAAAGGCCACUGGUCUUAUCAUCUGGCCUCAUUAAUUUCUUGAGGGUAGUUGGUUGGUUUGACGGUGGAGGGGCUUUGGUGGGAAUUCAAUGUGAUACAAUGAGGGUAGCCGUUGGAAAUAAUGUGUUCUUUUCAUGUGACCAUUUUAUUGGUGGUCAUUGAAAACAAAAAUAAAAAGGAAUCAUUUCAUUU